AUGAGGAAAAAGAAGUGCGCGAUAAAAGAUUUAUUUUUAAAAAGGAAGGUGGCGAAAAGAAAAAGAGAUGAGGAGUAUCGUAAAUUUCAAGACGAAUGGGCCGAAGAAUUCGCCUUUGUGGAGAGAGCAGGUUAUGCGGUGGGUCUAAUUUGCAAUGAAAAGAUUACAUCGAUGAAACGAUUGAAUGGAAAGCGCCUCCUCAACACACACUAUGAUACCUUUGCAUCAAAAUACCCUAUGGGAGGUAGCCGAAAGAAAGCAUGCCAAGAGCUAAUGAGCAGGAUGCAAACCAGCCAGAAGCAACUCCGCGUUUGGACCCAGCGAGGUGACUAUAAUUUCGCUAGCUUUGCUGGAUCUUUAGCAAUAGUUAGGACUGAAAAACCAUUCACAGAUGGUGAGGUUACUAAAACUUUCAUGCUGGAUGUAGCCAAUAAACGUUUUGAUGAUCUUCCGAAUCAAUACAAGAUAGUCAAACGAAACCAAGACAUGCCAAUGUCGGAAAAAACUGUCCAUGAGCGUACCAUCAUGAUGGCAACCCACGUGGAGGAAAGGCAACUGAAAGACAUAAGUGCAGCGCCGUCCUUUUCCCUGGUUUUGGACUAG